AUGUAUAGAUUAGUGUUACAGAAGUCUGUCACAGUGACAGGUGUUAGGUGUGGUUAUCACAUUACCCGUGUUUCAUCAGACCGGGUCUGGAUCAGUGAUUAUAACAAUCUCAUCUUGACAAACACAGCAGGGGAUAAACUACAUCAUCUGACAGGUAUAGAUCGUGGUUAUGGAGUACACACAGUGACUAGAGACGGUGAUUUAAUUUAUAUAGACAGUCACAGUAACAUCAACAAACUGUCUACAGAUCACAGAGUAAAGUCUACAUUAAUAAAGUACACAGCACCAUGGGUACCACAGUGUGUCUACAGCUCCCCCUCCACUGGAGACCUGCUGGUGGGGAUGUAUAGAUAUGAUACAGAUACAGCCAAGGUAAACCGUUACAACAACACAGGAGAACACAUACAGACCAUACAGUACGACAACAACACAGGUCAGGGACUGUAUAGUUAUCCUUACUACAUCACAGAGAACCGCAAUGGAGAUGUUAUUGUGUCUGACUGGCGCCGUGUAGUGGUGACAGAUGGUGUAGGUAGACACCGCUUCUCCUACACAGGACCUCCAUCAGGAUCAGGACUAGCACCACGUGGAAUCUGUACUGACGCGCUGUCACACAUCCUGGUGUUUGAUCUUAACACCCACUCAGUACAGAUACUGGACUGUGACGGGAGAUUCCUGUCACAGAUAGAGACACGACAACACGGGAUAGACAGACCAUGGGGCCUGAGUUAUGAUAACAACUCUAACUGUGUCUGGGUGGGAUCAGUGAACAACAACACAGUGAACAUCUACAGACUUAUACAUGAAGACUCCCUGACUGAGUUUCUGAGGAAGGAGAAGACAACUGUUUUUCAUGCCAGAGGAAUACUUGUUGGAUGUACCGAGGCUGGAAAAACAACACUACUGAGGCGAUUAAGAGGGAAACGACAAAAUGUAGGUGAAGUUACAAAGUCAUUCAGGGGAAUAACAACACUGCUGAAACGAUUAAGAGGGAAACGUCAAAAUGUCAGUGAAGUAACAGAGUCCACUAGGGGACUGGAAGUCCAUCAGCAUCUCUUCAUUGUUAAAGAUGGAAUUUUAGAAGUGGCUGAUGAUGACUCACCCUUAAAGACAUUUAUCAGGAUAAAUGCUGCAGAUUUGAAACCAGACCCGAGCAGUGAAGUUUCUGUCUCUGCUACAGAUGAAAAACAUGACAAUUUGGAACGAGGAAAUACUGAUAAAAACAAUGAAGUAAUUUAUUGCAGAGAAGAAAAGAAAGAAAGAAAUAUUGAGUUGUCCAGUUCUCAAACUGAAGGCAAAGAAGAAAAGAAAGAAGAUAAUAUGGAAAUGUCUAGUUCACCAACUGAGGGCACAGAAGAAGAGACUGCAGUAGAGACAAUGGCCAAUAUUCUCUCCUCAGAAGCACAAGCAAUGGUGAAGGAUGAAAUUUUUCAGAAAAUCUUGUCUGAAAAAGAAAAGUUACCAACAGUAAGCAUGCUGGAUUUUGCUGGACAGUUAGCGUAUUAUGCCUGCCACCAAAUUUACGUAACACCAAAGGCUUUCUUCAUCCUUGUGUUGGACGUGACUAAGAGGUUUGAAGAUGUUGUCAGUCAAGAGAAAGAUAAUCAAGAAGGAUCAAUCUUCUCUGUGUGGACUUACAAAGACUACCUGAAGUUUUGGAUUACCUCAAUCAAGACAUUUGGAGGCAAAAAGGCACCACUGUUUCUUGUUGUCACACACACAGAAAGAAAAUCUACAGCUGAAAUUAAGAAGUAUUUUGGGGAGUUUUGGGAAGCAGUUCCAGAUGAGGACAGAGAUUGGUUAAGAGAUUCUCUCAAUGAUCGUGAAUAUGCAGUGGGUCUAGAUGAACUAAAUGACAACUCGAAAAAAAUGCUGGAGUCAAUGAAAAUGUCCAUAGUUGAACUGUUUAAAGAUGAGAUAAAUACUAAAAUUGAAAUGCCUUCUUCAUGGGCUUUAAUGGAACAGUUAUUGUAUGAAGGAGCAUGGAAGGUUUUGUCCCUUAGUGAAAUCUGGAAGCUCAACUUAUCCCUUCCCCAUGAAUACCAAAUCAAAAGUGAUGAGGAAAUGUCUAUGUUUUUAAAGUGUUUCCAUGACAAUGGCCUUCUUUUGUAUUUUGAAGAAGAGAAAUUGAGGGAAAAUGCAGUGCUUGACAUUCAGUGGUUUGCUAAAGCUUUCAGCAAGAUUAUUGCUGAUGAAAACCAUAUCAAUAAAGACUGCAAAACAAAUUUAAUCAAGGAAUGGAAAUCCUUCAAUAAAACGGGAGAACUUAAAGAUAAAGUAAUAGAUGCACUUUGGAAAGAUGAACCUUCAUACUUGAAACACAAAAGUGAAAUUAUGUCUUACAUGGAGAAGCUUCAAAUGCUUGUAGCUUUGGACUCUUUUGAGGCUGUAUCAGAAGGUGGCAUGUCAUGGUAUGUCCCAUGUAUGAACAAAAAGCAGUUUAAAGCUAACUUUUGUGAAGAAAAAUGGGAAUGCUCCUCCAUUUUGUGCUUUCGGUUCACUUCUUUUGCCAUGUUUGUGUUCUACAGACUGGUAGCAUACUGCAUGAGUUUUCUAAGAUGGAGUGCUUCAAUAGACGAAGACAAUGAAGGGAGUCCUUGUCUUUAUCAAACAGCAGCAGUGUUUGAUCAUAAUGAACACACUGUUGUUGUUGGCAUCUCUAAUGACGAUAUCCAGUUGCAAGUAUUGAGAAUCACACCAUUGACUAUAGACAAGGACGUAUCAAAUGAAAUUGGAGAAUCCGUUGAAAAAGCCAUAGAAAAACUGACAGAAACAUUUAUCGGUACAAAAAUAUUCCACAGAGGAUACAAAUGUCAAAACGUUAUUUGUAAUGAAAAAGAUCUUUCUUUCACCCUUGCAAGUGAGCUCUCCAAUAUUAAAACUGAUAAAGACAUUCAGUGCAAGUGUCGACUGAAGGAGAAACACGUGAUAAAUGUAGAAAGGACUCUGAGUUUCUGGGAAAAGAGAAAGUUGAGUGAUUCCAGUACUCCAAUGGCCUCUGGACAAGACCUGGGGGGUCGGUCUAGAUUUGCAAAACUUGGAAUGGCAAUGAAUGAUGUGUUAAAUCAGGCAUACAGAGAUAUACUAGAGAUGGAGGUCCUCCCUUCUGAUAUUGAGAGCAAAGCUAAAGCAUCUCCAGUUUAUAAAAGAUUGCGCCCAGAGCAAGAACAUCUCUUGCUAGAUGCUAAACAUUUAGGAUAUAAGAACUUUGACAUUUCAUUAACAUACACAUUGAUUAGAAAUAUUAGUUCAAAGAUUCCUAAACCAACAAAAGGAAAAUGGGGAGAAGAGCCAGCAGCAGGAGAGGUGACAGUGGGUGAUGAUAUCGAGAGAAUUAGGUUAAUCCGAAACAGUUUGACUGCUCAUGUAAGCUCAGCCUCCAUCCCUCAGACAGAGUUCGAUGACACCUGGUUGACGAUGUCAGAUAUCUGCCGAAGACUAGAAACCUUCACUGGAAAGAAUUACUUUGAUACCCUUAAGGAUAUAAAAACACUGACCUUGAGAAAGGAAGAUGAGGAUGCUAUUAUAAAAAAUAAAAUGCAAGAAUUUUUUAAGACAAUGAAAUCAAAUAUGCUUGAAAUUGAAACAAUGCUCAAUCUUAACUAAAAUCUACAAACUAAGAGUUAUGGAUGUGGAUCUAAUUAGAUUGCUCAAGAUUUGUAAUUGUGACCUGAAAUAGAGUUAACUAUCAAAUUUGAAUGAACGCAUUCAAGGAAUUUGAUAUUUGGAACUGAGAUUUCUCAAAAACUUAAUUCAAGGUGUAGAACAUGGGUAGUUUCAAUUGAUAAGAAAAUCACAUUUGUUGUUUUACUGAUUUCAAUGAAUUCAAACUUUAAAGUGUUGUUGGCUACACAAUACAAAUGUCACCUUACCUUUAACGAGGACCAUUUUCAAAAUAAAGAGUAUAAGCAGGUCAAAUUUUGAAAUAAUUUUGUUUAGAAGUUUUGAGCCCAUCAUUGAAUAAAUUCAAACUUUAUUAAUUAUUGCCCGUUUAAAAAAUGUCUGAAGAAAUUUCAACAGAGUUUUAGAAUCGACCAUUUUUGAAUGAGGGUGACAAGAAAAGUGAAUUUUCUUGGCCGUUGGAUGGAUCCAAACCCCUUAUUGUCCCAUACUUUGAUAGUGUCCAAAAUCAUUGCAUUUCUGUACAAAAAUUAUUUUGUGUAUUUAUAUACAUAUUCUCAAUGCAUCUUUUUAAAAAGCAUCGAUAAUAAAAUGCCUUUGCAAUGAUCAUGUAAAAUCUAAGAACAACUUGUCUGUGAAAUAUGAAGAUAACAAGCAAACACCAAUCUCAAAAUCCAUUGAAAGAAUACAAAUUCGGAGCAGAGCAAAUACGCCCCCCCCCUAAAAAAUGUGGGAUCAGGUGCCAUGGAGGGGUAAGCAUACCAUGACGACCAGUCAUAACCACCGUGUUCUUAUUGCCAUGAUCCGUAGACAAUUUAGGGUUUAAAUAAUGGCAACAAUUAGUACAAAAAACGUCAGUCAGCAUUCGACUUGGUGAUAGAUUGUAUCAUAAUAAUUCCUAAGGGAUCCUAAUUCUGUAGGAUUGUUAUUGCGGGAAUGUUUCUGAUUUGUUUUAAAGGAUUGUGUUUCAAAUAUCUAUGUAACAUUGCUUGUAUACGUUUUAGAGUACCUGUAUACUUAGGGACGGCCACAUAAGUGAUUAUUUAAUGCAUGCUUGCAUUUUCCAGACACAGAUUUGCGAUCCUUCUUUUUCGCUUGUGUCAAUAAUUUUUGUUAAGUAUGUUAAUGUAUAUAUUAUAAUAAAUGUGAAAAAAAAAUCAAGUUGAAUCAAUGAAUAUACAAACUGUUAUAUAAUAAUGUAUAUACAACGUUUCCAAUAAGCAUGUUGGAGCUUUAGACUCAUAAAGAUCUCACCAUAAUUGAAAAUUGUACUUUAACUUUAUCGUGAAUGGUGGAUGUGCAGAAUCACUUUGAUGAUACAUCUGUCUGCAAAUCAACAGUCAAAUCAAUGUAACAUUUUUUUUUCAUUUUUUUCCCUACCUAGUUCGUCCACUUCCUGAUCAUGAGUCUUAUGGGGAGUAAACAUAUAUGUCUGAAGACUUUUAUUUGGAGAAAAAUAUUCUUUUUUUUUCAAUCUUUAGAAAAUAAAAAAAUAUUCUUCAUUUGUUAUUUUCUGAUUGAUUUGUAAAUCACGAAAAAUAAACACACAAGAUCCUCAUGUAAUAUUGUUAUUGAACCCAUGCUGGACGAAUUUUGAAGUGCACUGUAAUCAUGCGACAAUGUAUGUAUAACUGAACAUCUACCU